AGUACGAUACCUUUGCUCUCACAACCCUCCUAAACUCAUUUGCUUAAUCUAUCUGAUUAUCGUCUUACUUUUCGUAAUUAACUUACUUGCACUGUUUAGGAAAAACUGUUUCAUACAGAAACAUGGAGUUUUUCCUUAAGCACAUAACUUGGUUUCUUUGUAUCAUGGUACUCUUGCCUGCUCUAUGUACCUCCCAAUACACAUAUGUAUCCUCUAGGGCAACCUAUUAUGGUAGCCCAGAUUGCUAUGGGAACCCAACUGGAGCUUGUGGGUAUGGAGAAUAUGGAAGAAAGGUCAACGACGGUCAAGUAUCCGCAGUUUCUAGGCUGUACAGGAAUGGAACUGGCUGUGGUGCAUGCUACCAGGUGAGGUGCAAGAUCCCUCAGCAUUGCAACAGUGAUGGGGUAACUACGGUGGUGACAGACCACGGCGAAGGCGACAGAACUGACUUCAUCUUCAGCCCAAGAUCUUAUGCAAAGUUGGCAAACGGUCCAGAUUCAUCUGAAGUUUUAUUUGCUUCCGGUGUCGUUGAAAUCGAAUACAGAAGGGUCGCUUGCAGGUUCUCUGGUCACGGACUUGUUGUGUUCAAAGUCCAUGAAGGCAGUAAAUAUCCAUUUUACUUUGCCUUAGUCAUUCUGUAUGUACCUGGGAUAUAUGACAUCACAGCAGUUGAGGUUUGGCAGGAGGAUCGCCAGCAAUGGAGGCCAAUGAGGAGAGUAUAUGGAGCAGUGUGGGACCUCCAAAACCCACCAACUGGUGCCCUUUCCUUGAGGUUCCAAAUAGUGAGUGGCAGGGCAACUGCAGAGGUGGACUGGAUGCAGGCAACCAAAGUCAUCCCUGCUGAUUGGGAGGCUGGGGCUGCAUAUCCGUCAGACAUUCAGCUCGAUUAGGAGGGCAUUAAAUUAAUUACAAGUUUAAAAUAAUUAGAAGUAUUAAAUAUUGUAUGAUGCUGGUUAGGCAGCAGUGCACUUAGCUUUGGUUUGCCAAGAAUUUGUGGGAAUUGUGUACCUUCAGUUGGUGAGGAUAUAAUAUGAAUGAAUAAAGUUCCACCUUUUCGGUCCUUGAAUAUA